UCCAAAGGAUACACGUGAGUUCGCCCUCUGGUCAAGCGCACACGGUGAAGGUUAAGCAAGGCUGUCAGGGAUAAAUUUACCGGAACCCACUCGUUGUUCUGUGGGUUUUCAACGAGUUUGAAUCGAAAGCCCGUUUGCUGAAAUGGAUCCCAUGAAAGCGCAGCAGCUCGCCGCGGAGCUGGAGGUUGAAAUGAUGGCUGAUAUGUAUAACCGCAUGACUAAUGCGUGUCACAGGAAAUGUGUUCCCCCACACUACAAGGAAGCCGAACUUUCAAAGGGGGAGGCUGUGUGUCUGGACCGCUGUGUUGCGAAGUAUUUGGACUUGCACGAGAGACUUGGUCGUAAGCUCACUGAGCUCUCCGUGCAAGAUGAGGAGGUGAUGAGGAAAGCUGCAGCUGGAACCGGAUAAGCGCAAUAAGGACUUCAACAGUGGGCCUAAAUUCUUGGAUAGUCUAGGUUUUGUGGGAGGAGCAGCAAUAUGGACUUCCAAAAGGGGGAAAGUGGACAGCAUGGCCACAAAUGUAAAGAUUAUAACAUGAACAUGAAUAUUACAACAAUUCACUGAGACAUACAAUUUCAAGGUACAGACUUGUGGUUGGAGGUUGGGUACCCCAAGAUUUGGUAGAAUCUGGCAGUGUUAGUUUGUUGGAUGAAAGAUUAACUUAACGUGGAAUAAAACUUUAUCUGGGUGGGGAGAUUUAUUGAGUAUUGGGGAAUUGUUGGUCCUUGUGAAAUUGUGUUUUACAUUUGUGUUUGUUUUUUUGUUUUUUUAUGUUAACUGUGAUCAUUGUAUCUGGCUCUAAAUUUGCAAAAACACCUUUAUUACUAAACUAAAUUAAACCAUUGAUCCUGCCUAUUUGCAGAAAAAAAAGCAUGACUCAUUUUCAUAAUGAUAGGGUACAAUGGGGCACCAUGGGGUGAAAGUCUUUUUAUUUUCUCCCAAAACACUAAAAAGCAUCAAAAACGGCAACAUUUUCAUAAACACCUGUUUAUCACAUG